AAAGGGACCAGGAUUCCGGAGUCUGGACUCGGUUCUGACUCUUUCCCUUUCUUCGCGCUGCAACGUGGCAAAACGGUGCCAAACGGCAGGGUACCUAUCCUCCGAAACUAUAAAUUGGAAAAAGAAUUCCAAUGCGAAGGAGCUCGACGUCCUCCCUUUCUUCGUGCUGCCAAAAGUAACAGCUAGGGUUACAAAAAUCAUGGAAACUGCUUCCAUAGCUUCCCUUCUCAAAUCAUACUCACUACCUCUGCUUCUCUUCUCCCUUGCCCUAUUCUAUCAACUCUUUGUUAUUCCUUCUGCUUUCCCUCCUUCUCAUUACGACGUUCUCGGUAUCGAGAGGUACAGCUCCAUCGAAGAAGUCACCGAAGCAUACGAAAGGCUUUCAUCCAAAUGGAACUCCGGAGUUGAAGUCCCUGCUACAUCUGAUUUUAUCAAGAUCCGCUAUGCUUUUGAGCUACUGAGGAAUCCCUUAUGGAAGAGGGACUAUGAUCAAUUUGGCAUUGAUGAGCAACUUCAUGUUAUCGAAAAGGUUAAAGGACAAUAUAUUGGAGAAAGCUUUGUAGAAGUAGACCUCCCACUUUUAAAUUCUUCUGGUUCUACAGACAAUGCUUUUAAUGUUCUUACAUCUGAGGAUUUCCAAGCUACUAUUGGGAACUCAGAGGCAUGGUUAGUUCAGGUUUAUUCAUCUGGGAGCAACCGUUGUAAUCUAUUCUCUAAUAACUGGAAGAGAAUUGCUGCUUUAUUGGUGGGAGUUGGUAGCACUGCUAUGGUGGAACUUGGUGAUAUCCGGCUUUCAACGUAUCUUGCUGAGAGGAAGUCCACUGGCCAACCUUUCUUUCGAAAUGGCCUACCUAUGCUUGUUGCAUUUCCUCAAGAUUGUAGAAGUUCAGAUUGUCUUGUUAGGUAUCAAGGAGAUCUAUCAGUAGAUGCAGUUUCUGACUGGUUUGCAACAACAAUUCUUGGUUUACCUCGUAUCUUGUACUACUCAAAGGAGUCACUGGGACAAGAUUUCAUUGCAAAGAGUGGUCAUCAUAAGAUAAAGGUUAUUUGCUUCUCAAAAACUGGGGAGCGUGCUGCACCAUUCCUGCGUCAAGCUGCUAGGGACUAUUGGGCUUAUGCCUCCUUUGCAUUUGUCUUAUGGAGAGAAGAGGAAUCUUCCUUCUGGUGGAACAUGCUCGAGGUGGAGUCAGCUCCUGCUAUUGUGUUUCUGAAAGAUCCAGGGGUUAAACCUAUGGUGUAUCAUGGAUCCAUCAACAAUUCAGAGUUCUUAAAUAUUGUGGAAAAAAAUAAACAGCACGAACUUCCACAAUUGAGGAGCAUAACAUCAAUGGAGUUGGGUUGUGAUGCACGGGGCUAUUCCCGUGCAGGAUAUGAUACCACAACUUGGUACUGUGUGGUUCUUGCCGGAAGGCCAAGCCUGGAACUUAAUAAAAUGCGUGAAACCAUGCGCAGGGUCCAAGUUAUAUUAUCAAAUGAUGAUAAACCCAAUGCAGCUGAUAGUGUUCAUUUCUUGGAUUUAAGGCCUGCAACUGAUGCAUUGAAGGAGAAACGUUUAACAUUUACAUGGCUUGAUGGAGAAACCCAAAAGGGAUAUUGUUUUUUCUACCUCCAUUCAGAAAAUAGCUAUGAAACCUGUGGUCCAAGAAGGGAUCCUAAUGAUGUACCUCAAUUAUUUAUUGUGCGUUACAAAAGAAAUUCUACAGAGGCUGAUAUAAAGGUUGAGAGGAAACCUAGAACCAUUUGGGAUACACUUCAAGACAACGAUGUGGAUCCAGCAUCACAGCUAGUGGCAAGAUAUAAUGAUUCAGGGGAUAUUCCACAGGUCAUUAAGUGGGUAUCACAAAUAAUCAAAGAUGGUGACUCCAGGGAUCUCCCCUUCUUUGAAAAGGUCAGACCCAGUCAGAGAAAUAGGAUGAAACCAUCAAAACAAGAUCAACUACCUCCUUCCAUGACUGAUGCAGAACCAAAAGAUGCAUACCAGAUGCCAUUAUCAGAUUCUGACUCAGAGUAG